AUGCGAUCCUGCGAUCAGAACGGCACGCCUUGCCUUCAGAAGGAUCCUCUUUCGGAUAGAUUACUACCGCGGGAUUACACUCUGAUGAUGGAGAAAGAAGUAUCCAGAUACAAAGAGAUUGUGGAGAGUCAGCGUAAUCUGAUUAGUGACUUGAAGCAGGGAAACUCUCCAGCAAUUGACGGAAGAGUUGGCAAUGGAGAACAGGAAAUGGGACAUAUGCAGCGGCUUUAUUCAUCGUUUGAGAAUUCUUUAGAGACAGAUGUCAGCUCACUGAUGACCGACGGAACAAUCCAGGAUAAAGAAAAGUUGCUUCUGUACACAGAAUACUAUACAAAUCCUAUUCACAAGUCGUUAGAGAACGAAAUUACUGAGCCUAUUCGUCACUUGUCUCCUACUGGAGACAAAAAUAACGAUAAUAGCGGCAAUGAUGGUAGUGCCUCAGGCAUUAUUUCGAGUAACAAUCUCGUCAAUUCUUCAGCUGAUCAUCUGACUAGAAUUGCCAGUUCUUUAACAACAUCCGAUGAGGAUUAUACUGGAAUUGAAGGAUCUACUGAUGGUCUUUCUGCAAAUAGAAACACACUCAUUAAGUCUCUUAAAAGGCUACCUACAAGUCAGUUCUCCAACUAUCUUCUCAAGAUUUAUCUUGACAAUGAGUAUCCCAUAUAUCCAAUUCUCAAUCAGGUCGAUACAUAUGCCAAUUUCUAUCAGAUUGCAGAGAUCAAGAAUGCUCUUUCCAUGAACAAUAAUGCUGAAAUAUCCAACAAAACAUUGUUAUUGACGUUCAGCAACUUGUAUUUUUCUAAUUUGAUCUUUGCUUUGGCCGCCAGUAACUUGGAGAGCACCCAUACCAAAGAGUUUACCCUAUCAAACAUUUUCUACAAUCGUGACUACUACUUGAAAGCAGUAUAUGAUCUAGCCGGAAUUAUUUUUGAUCGUCUCGAUACUAUUACAAAACUACAAGCAAUGGUUUUACUGGGCCAAAUCGCUCUAUGUCGACCAUGUUUUCCCGGUUUAUGGAAUAUCUCGAGUCUUAUAUCAUCAAUAGUAACGAAGCAGGGCUUCUUUGAUGAAUCUAUAGUAAUAUGUCCCGAUGUGGGUGGAGCCAAGAAAAUUGAUCUGAAAAGACGAUGCUUUUGGGCAGCCUAUCUAAUGGAUCGCUACGUCUGCUUGUGUCUUUCAAAACCGCAUUUGAUAGACGAAUUUUCCAUUACUACUCGAUAUUUUUCUACCAUUGACGAUGAGUGCAUGUUUGGUGAAACGGAAAGCAAUACGCUGCUUAGUACUAAGCAGUACUCCAUAUUCUACAUAAAAUAUUUCAGAACCAUGUCUGAGAUCAACGCCUUACUCUAUUCCAACUAUAUGCCGCGACUGUUUGAUGGUCAUGCAAAUGGAAAUGAUAAAGAGAAAUACUUCCAGACGAUGAAGAUAGAGAUGCAAGAGAAAUUGAACAUCACGAGAAAAGAGGUGGAGAGCUUUGAAUUGAAAUUCAAAGGAAGAAGUAAUUUUUAUGCCGGUUAUUUGACCUUACUUUACUAUCAGGCUGUGUGCUUACUUUACAAACCCAACCAGCAUUAUGCGGAACCUUCCGUAUCUGAUUACAGGAACCUCUACGAUGCGACCGGGAGAAUCAUCGAUAUUUUCAAGGGAAUGAGCGAUAAGCACCAAUUGACCUACCGCAUCCUUAGUGUUUCAUCGCUAUUUUUUGCGUCUGUCAUGUACAACUAUUGCGUGUGGAAGUGUGAUGAAAUCUGUCUGGAGGCCAAGAUUGAACACAUCCAACAGAGAUGCAAUGAUUCCAAGGUGGUGUUUCAACGUAUCGAUAACUUUUACAACGCGGAUAGAGAGCACACCGAGAGAGUCAACAGUAUUGUUAGUGUGUGCACUUCCGUCCUUACAAAGCUUACUAGUGCUGCGAUAGACCAUAUCAUAGGAAUGCAGCAAAAUGAAAAAGAGCAGCAAGUAGAAGAACAGCAGCCACCGUCAACUAAUAAACCUCUUGCCAACUACGAAGAUGUUCCUAACGCUCGCGAAAACGACGAUCAGAAGUUCUUUGGAAGUAACUUUGACGUGGAUUCUCCAUUCGAUAUCGUGGCCAGCUUGGAGAAUAUCCCUUGGGACCUCAACAUAAAUUAA